CCACUACCAAAACUACUCUUUCGUUUUAGCUAUUUUUGUUAACUUUUUAAUUUAUUAGUUGCAACGACUUUAAAUUAGUUUUAAUUAUUAAAUUUUAAUGUUUAACGUGUACACAACUGUGUGCGAAACAAAGUGCCUUACUAGCUGUUCGCAAACAGCUUGAAAAAACCAGCAACAAAAGCCAAUUGUGUAAUUUACAUGCAAAUGUCGUUGGUACCUGCUGGCCAACAACAACAACAGCAGCAACAGCAACAACAUAUCAGCCAAAGCCAACAGCAGCAGCAGAAGCAGCAGCAGCGUGUCUCACGCAUAGUUCCAUACGGAGCGUGUACACAACGGCACGGAAAUGCCACUAAAAUUCUUUAAGAAAUGUCGACAAUAUAAUGUGACGUCCAAAAGUUUAUUUGUUAUAUCUGUGCAUCAUUUGCUAGAUAGCUCGAGCACCGUCGACUGCACAAUCAGCUCGGAGAGCAAGGGUCAGGAGUGUUUGGAUAAUGUGUGCCAACGUUUGCUCAUCCAACAGCCGGAAUUCUUUGGAUUGCGCUAUCUGGUCAAGGACAAGGAGGAUGAAUACAAAUGGAUCGAUUUGGAGCGUUCGCUCAGCCGUCAGCUGGAGAAAUAUGCAGCUGCAGCAAAAAUGUAUCUACGUGUCCGUCAUUAUGUGACCACGGGUGUGAGGCAUCUAACGGAUGAGGCGACACGUUUCUACUACUUUCUGCAGCUGAAGAGUGACAUCUACGAGGGGAGAAUUGCCUGCGAUAUACGCACGGCAAUCCUCCUGGCUCUCUACUGUCGUCAGGCGGAAUACGAUAGCUAUCAGGGCGACAAGCAGUCCAAGGAUUAUCUGAAGAAGUCCCUGGUGCUGCCGCGCAACAUGCAGGGAUUGGCCAAUGACGACAGCAUGCUGGACGGCCUCAUCAUGGAGGUGCUGCAACAGCACGCCGGCUUGGCCCAUCUCAAUCAGUGUCAGGCGGAGGAAAUGUAUAUUCAGUGCUGUCAGCAGCUGGAUGGCUAUGGCGAGGAACGAUUUGCUGCCAAGGAUACGCUGGGCAAUGAUUUGCUCCUUGGCCUGGCCAUCAAUGGCAUGGUGGUGAAUGCGGACAAUGGGCGACAGUACUUUCCCUGGAAGGAGUUCCACACGGUGACCAUUGACAAGCGUACGAUUAAAAUCGAACAGAAUAAACUCGACGGCGAUGGCAGCAUUGUGGGCAGCUUCAUCUUCAGUGAGGCGGACAUUGCUCGGUACUUUUGGAAGCUUUGCAUUACGCAGCACAAGUUCUUUAAGCGUUACAUUGACACGGACACGCCCUCCAGCCUGGGCAGCAGUGGGGCGGAUAUGGAGAGCAAUAAUGGUGUCUCCAUGGCAGCCGAUAGUGUUGGUUAUGUGGAGUAUGAUUAUGUUGCUGUCGCCGAGCAGCAGCAACAACAGCAGCACCAACAACAACAACAGCAGCAGCAGCAACAGUUGCAGCUACAACAGCAACAGCAACAACAACAGCAGCAACAUCAACAAUUGCUCUCCUCCAACAUUUCCUUGGCCGCCAGUCACAGUCAAUUGUUGGGUCAGAGCAGCAGUUGCUUGGAUCUGAGCAACAACAAUCUGCACAGCAGCAACAGCAUGUUGCACCACAACAACAACAACAACAUCAACGGGAGUACCACUCUCAAUGCAGAUUCUCACGAGCGGGAACGUUUAAAGGCCAUGCUGCCCACGUAUCGUCCAGCACCGGAUUAUGAGACGGCCGUGCAGUUGAAAUAUCGCACACCAUCCGCCGAGCUGCAUAACGUGGCAUUGGCACUUGCCACGCCCGGCAAUGCUGCCGCCUACUAUGCGGGAUCACAGCCUGAUGUCCACAAUUCGGUUUAUGGCGAGAGUUUGCUUUUUGGCCAUCACUUGACAGCGGCACAUCGCUAUCCGGAUGUGGCACAGCCGGCAGCGGCAUUACAUGCCCAUCAUCAUCAUCUCAACUUCUAUCAGACACAGCAGCAGCAGCAGCAACAACAACAGCAGCAACUACAACAACAGCCAGCUGCCUAUUUGGAGCUAUCACAACGGAUGCACAUGAUGCGGCACAAGGCGCCGCCUCCAUAUCCAGUUAAUCGCUUGAGUUCGUCAUCCACGCCAGAUCUGGCAGUGGCCACACCACGUCCACUGCAGGGCUACCGCAACUAUGUGUCCGGCUCAUCGCCAGAUCUUGUGUCCAAUCGCAAUCUGCUCAAUGGCGGCCAGUUUGUGGCCUUGGCCACAGCGGGCGGGGCAGGAAUUCACGGUGGCAAUGUGCCGACAUCAUCGGGUGCCACCAUGCUGCAUCAGUAUCCGUACAUCGGCCUCAUGGGUCACUCGCAGCCAUAUCUGCCACCGCACGGCACCUUCGAGAACCUCAACAUGAUCGAGGAGCAGCCGUCCAUCAUGUCCCAGCUGCGUCAGUCGGCGAUGAGUCAAGCAGCCGCAGCUGCAGUAGCUGUCCAAAGCUCACCAACUUUGCCGCCGAGUGGCUAUCGCAGUUCGGCUCCUCCUCCGCCGGCGAGCAGUCCGCAACCGGGAGCAGCGACGCCGACGCCAACGCCGUUGCAACGCAGCGCGAUGAAUGGCUCCAUUGAGCCCAUCUACGAGAAUGUGCCACUGCCACUGCCACAGCGCGCCAGCGGCGGCAGCAGCGGUGGCCAUGCCAAUGCGGAUGCCAUGCGCCAACGCGCCUCCUCCAUUCAGUCAGCGCCGCCGGGCGUGGCGCCUGUGCCCGCUGCACGGCAUGCCAAUAAUCCAAGCAACACCAACAACAACAACAUUGUUACGCUCACUGUGAACGCACAGGCGGACGAUGAGAUUACCAGGAAUAUUAAGAAAUACGGCGCUGAUCGAGCUGCCAGCACGGAGCUGCAGUUUCUGGAGCCGCAGGCGCCUCAGCGUGCAGCUCGUGCUGCAAGUGCAGCGCCAGCCAUUGGUGCCACGCCCCCGCCGCGUCAACAUCGAUCGACGGCCAGUCUGAACAAGUCGACGGUGGAUGUGAUUUCGCCAGCGGGUGACUCGCUGCAUCAGCAAUUCAGUGCCAUGAAUCUGUCCGCCAACACAUCAGCGUCCACAUCAUCCAUGUUCAACUCGACGCUGGACACCACCGGCUCCUCCGCGGCCAGCAAGGAUGUGAAGCGUCGUCGGCGUUGGAACAUUUUGUCGCGCAGCAAAACGCCGGAUAAACAAAAGUCCGCCACAUUGGGACGCGAGAAGGCGAACACGUCGGCGGCUCAGCAUGCCAAGCUGGCGACCAAAAUGAAGCUCGCCCAGGACGAUCUCAAUCUGCCGCAUCGUUGGUCGACAGGCGUGAGCAAACCGCAGCCCAUUUCAGGGCAGUAUUCCAAGGAUAAAUUGUGCCAGAUAUUAAACGAUAAGCUGCAGGAUGCGCAGCUCUUCAUGGAGUUCGAGCGCAUACCCAAGAGACGUGAGCAUGCCCAAUAUGAUUGUGCGCUGCUCGAGGAGAAUGAGCUCAAGAAUCAUGAUCCCAAUUUUCUGCCAUAUGAUGAUAAUCGAGUUCGUCUUACACCAUCCAUGGAUAAUCGACAUGGCUAUGUGAAUGCCUCCUAUAUAUCGGCCACUGUCGGGACAAAGCAGCGAUUCUAUAUUGUCGCUCAAUCGCCGCAGGAGUCGCAGACGAUGCGCAUUUUCUGGCAAUGCGUGUGGGAGGCAGACGUUUACUUGGUGGUGCAGCUGACGGAGGAUAUGAGCUACAUACCGCGCAGCAGUCAAGAGCGCAUGGAGUUUGGUCAGUUCCAGGUUUAUCAGGAAUUCUCACAAACUACAGAUCGGUGCACCACCAGCAAACUGCGUCUGUAUCAUGCACCUUCGCGUCGCUAUCGGUCCGUGUGGCAUCUGCAAUACGCCGAUUGGGCGGAACAGAACUGUCCACGGGAUGUCAAUCACUUUCUCGACUUUCUCGAGGAACUCAACUCAGUUCGAUUGGCAUCGACCGACGAGGUGCCACCGGGACACAAUACCAAUCCGCCAGUGCUCAUCCAUUGUCUGGAGGGUGGCGGACGUUCCGGUGUGACAUUAACAGCGGAUCUUUUGCUCUAUACGCUGGAUCACAAUGAGGACUUGGAUAUACCGCGUGUCAUUGGCCAAUUGAGGCAUCAGCGGGAUAGCAUUAUACCAUCGCUAGCGCAAUAUAAGUUCAUCUACAAUCUGCUCAUCACUUAUCUGAAACGCACGAGGUUGAUCUAAUUUUAAUUCCCUCCCAACACUGGAAAAUCGUAGUAUUUUUGCAACUUAAGCUUAACCUAUGAUAAACUAAAAAAAAUCGAACAACUUUCUUGUAUCCUAGCAUUAUUUAAGGACCUGCUAUUCGUAUUCUUCAUUAAAUUAGGAUACGGUAACUGAUCUUCCAAUCGGGCAGCUAUCAUAUAUUAUAUACUAUACUAUAUAUACCACUUUUUGAUCAUAUUUUGUAUUAACGUUGUGAUCCCAAUUGUUAAUGCGUAAACUAUGAAUUUGUUAACAACAUUUAACGCGCCCCACCCGAAACGAAACUAACAUUUGUGUUAAUUAUAGUGCAUAGGUUUAAAGCCAAAUUAUUUAUACAAUUUUUUUAACUGAACCAAUUGAUAUGCAUUACGCAACGCAAAGCAAUAAAAAUUGAUUAUCAAAAUACACUUCCAACCAA